AUGCCGCAGGACGAAAGAGUACUAACGAGAUACCAACUCAUCACGAACAACAACAAGAACAACCAUGGCCUCAUCCACCUCCGCAGUAACGAAACCGAAGAACCGGUCGAUUUCACCUUCGAGGCUCUCCGUCCAGGCCUUUUCCGGACGACCUUCUCUUCGCCAUCCAAUCCCUUGCCACCAUGCCCCAGUGCCCGGAAACCAUCUCAGGACAUCCCAGACCUCACCACCUCCAAAGAGUCCACCACAUCCCAGACCAUCAUCUCCCAAAACAUCGAAGCAACACUAACAUGGCAAGCCGAGCCUCUCAUCUCCCUGGGCUUCAAAGGCAAACCACCGCUGCACGCCGACCUCCCGCACCGCUCCUACUGCCUCGACGGCCGUGGGACAGCCCACUAUACCAACUAUGCUCGUGGAAGCCUGCACCUCGGCCUGGGCGAGAAAUCAGCACCAGUGGACCUCUCGAAUCGCCACUUCACCCUCUCAGCCACAGAUUGUUUCGGCUACGAUGUCCACCGUAGCGACCCCAUGUACAAACACAUCCCGCUCCUGAUCCGUGCAGGUCCUGAGGGAGUGGUGGCGAGUUUCAGCACUGCUCAUGCUCGGGGGUAUUAUUCCGUAGGUAGCGAGAUGGAUGGCAUGUGGGGGUACUUUAAAGUAUAUCGGCAGGAAUACGGUGGGUUAGAGGAGUAUCUCAUGAUUGGGCGGACGCUACAGGAAGUCGUUCACCUCUACGCCAUGCUCGUUGGGUUCCCGCAGCUCGUGCCGAGGUGGGCGAUGGGGUAUCUGGGGGGUGGGAUGAAGUAUUCCAUGCUUGACGACCCGCCUGCGCACGAAGCGCUCAUGGCUUUCGCUGAUAAGCUCAAGGACCACGAGAUCCCUUGCUCCGGUUUCCAAAUGUCGAGUGGAUAUACGGUCGCGGAACAGGAACCCAAGACCAGGAAUGUGUUUACCUGGAACCGGCAUAGAUUUCCUGACCCGAAGGCUUUUUGCGACGAGUAUCACAAACGCGGCAUCCGACUCAUCGCCAACAUCAAACCCUACGUCCUUGCCUCGCAUCCGGCCUACGCCGAACUAAAGAAGAACGGAGCUUUCUUCACCAACCCCAGGACCGGAGGAACAGGGAUCGCACGUCUCUGGUCCGCAGGCGGCGGCACGAGUGGCGAAGGCGGCCAUAUCGACUUCACUUCCCAAGCAGGCUGGGACUUCUGGUACCAAGGCGUGCAAGCCCUACGAGAGACGGGAAUGGAUUGCAUGUGGAACGACAACAACGAAUACCUCCUCCCAUCCGACAAAUGGCAACUCUCCCUCACCCACCCAGCCGUGCACUCCGGCCUAGACCCUAACACAAACCUUGUAAGAAAAGAUACCGGACUCUGGGGUCGCGCCCUGCAAACCGAACUCCACGCCGCUUGCUCCCACGCAGCCCUCACCGCCCUCAUUCCUACGGAACGCCCCUUUAUACUCACCCGCUCCGCAACAGCAGGAACAAUGCGCUACGCCUCCUCCACCUGGUCCGGCGACAACAUCACAAGCUGGGCCGGCAUGCGAGGCGCCAACGCCCUCUCCCUCAACGCGGGCCUCAGCCUCCUCCAAUCUUACGGCCACGAUAUCGGCGGUUUCGAAGGCCCUCAGCCGAGUCCCGAACUCCUGCUUCGAUGGGUGCAGAUGGGAUGUCACAGUCCGCGAUUCGCGAUCAACUGCUAUAAAACUGGCGAGGAUAGUUUGGUCGGGGAUGUGAUUGAGCCUUGGAUGUAUCCGGAGAUAAUCCCACAUAUCCGUGCGGCGAUUCGGAGGAGGUAUGAGAUGGUACCUUAUCUUUAUGGGCUUAUGCUCGGUAGUACACGGACUGCUAUCCCGCCACAGCGCUGGACGGGGUGGGGAUAUGAGACUGAUGCGGAGGUGUGGACUAGUAAGCUGCUCAAGGACGGGGAGACGCAGUAUUGGCUCGGCGACACCCUCCUCGUCGGCGGUGUCUACGAACCCGGGGAGGUCGAGGCAGAGAUCUAUCUCCCUCGCAAAACCGCCACGGACCCAGGCUUUUUAAACACAAACGCACCUUAUCAGUCCCUCGAAGCAGGCAAAUGGCACACCAUAGCCUCAAAUUGGGAAGGCAGUAUCCCAAUCCUCGCCCGAAUCGGUGGCGCAAUCCCCAUAGGUCUACCAGAACAAGUCGUCUCUCCGGGCGAUGCAGUCAACGAAGCAAACUUACCUCCAGACAACUGGCGCGGAAUCGAGAUCUUCCCGCUUCCAGCCGAGCGAAUCGUGGGGGAUGGCGAUGGCGAUGGCGCGGCGGGAAUCUGGCACACUAAUACCUGGCUCGAAGACGACGGCGUCUCACCUGCCUCCUCGAACCAGGUCGCGAGUUUCACGGUCGAGUAUUGUGCUUUGAAGACUCGGGUCAAGGUCAAGUUCAGUAGGGAAGAAGGUGCUGAUGCUAGUGCUUUCGAACCGCCGUGGCUGAAGCAGGGUCUCAGCGUCAUUCUGCCUGUGGGCGAUACUAGACAAGUGGUCGUUGAUGGGGGAGUCAGCGCAGCAGAUGCAGGCGAAGAUGCAAAACGUAGGAGACGAUGGCGUUUGCCGCAUCCUUCGCACAUGGCGGCGGAGCAGUGA